GCAAACUCUCUUCGCUUUUUCUACUUGACUCAUUCUUCCUUCACAUUUUCGUAAUCGAGCCGUCUUGUCCCCAGAGAAGCUCAUACCCAGACCAACAAGAUCCCUGUUCUCAUAAACUCGAACUCACAUACACGACAUUCAAAAUGGUAUUAUUGACUCGUUCCUUUUCCUCCUGCUUGCAUCCGUCCCAUAUCUACGCGGGCAUUUUCCACAGCUACAGCAGUAACUCGUUUCGUCCGCAAUGCUCAGUCUUGCACGCCGCUGCGCGCUGACCUGACGUCACGCGUAGCCAUGGCAUCUAAGGGCAACGCCAGGGACCCUUAUCAAACCCUCUCAUCACUAUUACGAAUUCCUGCUUCGACGCGUUUACUAACUACUUCACGUGAAAAGGUCAAAGUUCUACUAGUCCUAUACGACGGAGGCAAGCAUGCCCAAGAGGUUCCCGAGCUACUGGGAACAACCGAGAACGAACUUGGUAUCCGAAAAUGGCUCGAAGACCAGGGCCACACCCUCGUUACCACCUCCGACAAGGACGGCGAGGACUCCACCUUCGACAAGGAGCUCGUAGACGCUGAGAUCAUCAUUACCACUCCCUUCCACCCCGGCUACCUGACCGCCGAGCGACUAGCCAAGGCUAAGAAGCUGAAGCUCGCCAUCACGGCUGGUAUUGGAUCCGACCAUGUGGACCUGAACGCGGCGAACAAGACGAACGGCGGCAUCACAGUGGCCGAGGUGACGGGCUCGAACGUGGUUUCCGUAGCGGAGCACGUGGUGAUGACGAUCCUAGUGCUGGUGCGCAACUUCGUCCCCGCGCACGAGAUGAUCGAGGCGGGCGAGUGGGAGGUCGCGGCGGCGGCCAAGAACGAGUACGACCUGGAGAACAAGGUGGUCGGCACGGUGGCCGUCGGCCGCAUCGGCGAGCGCGUCCUGCGCCGCCUCAAGGCCUUCGACUGCAAGGAGCUCCUCUACUACGACUACCAGCCCCUGAAACCCGAGGUCGAGAAGGAGAUCGGCUGCCGCCGCGUCGAGAGCCUCGAGGAGAUGCUCGGCCAGUGCGACGUCGUCACCAUCAACUGCCCCCUGCACGAGAAGACCCGCGGCCUGUUCAACAAGGACCUCAUCGCUAAGAUGAAGCCUGGUUCCUGGCUGGUCAACACCGCUCGCGGCGCCAUCGUGGUGAAGGAAGACGUCGCGGAGGCGCUCAAGUCGGGCCACCUCCGCGGAUACGGCGGUGACGUGUGGUUCCCCCAGCCGGCUCCCAAGGACCACGUGCUCCGAUACGCCAAGAACCCAUUCGGCGGCGGCAACGCCAUGGUGCCUCACAUGUCGGGCACGUCGAUCGACGCGCAGAAGCGGUACGCGGCCGGCACCAAGGCCAUCCUCGAGAGCUACCUGUCGGGCCGCCACGACUACCGCCCCGAGGACCUGAUCGUCAAGGACGGCGACUACGUCACCAGGGCGUACGGCCAGCGCAACAAGGCUUAAAUGUAAGCGUCGUCUGUCACUGACUUACAAGCCUUUAUAAUGAGAAAAGGGGGGGAUAAGAAGAAAGGAUCAUGACGAAAGAAAAGUCAGGCCUGGGAGAUAUAAUAUUAUUACUACUUUUUUGUAUGACAGUUUGACUACUGCC